AGGGGAGGUAACUUUAAAUUUCUUUUGUUUGCUUUUAAAAUCUUCAUAUACAUAACAGUGUACUUUACUGUAGAACAACAAGUACAGACUGUAUGGGAUGGUGAAUCACAUGGGCGGUCUAGCAGGAGGACAUUAUACAGCCACCAUCCUGUCCCAUGAGGACAACACCUGGUAUGAGUUUAAUGACGAUCACAUCAACAAGGUUGAAGAGCAACCCUUUGCACAAAACAGGACUUACAAUUCCAGCACUGCAUAUCUGCUCGUGUACAGAGCCUCAAAUGUGAGAGACAGGGGGAAAGGACGACAGGAUAUGGAUGAACAAAGGGAACAAAAAAGAAAAAGGGAAGCUGCUGAGAGAGAAAACAGGUUCCUGGAACAAAAUCAAGAGAGUCGAAGACCAAUGAAAAAAGCUGUGAAGAAAGCAGUCAGUCUUCAGGUUCAAAAAGAAAGUUUAAUCUUGGACAUAAAGGAAGAAGAUGCUCUGCUCCAUCCCGAACAAAACACGAGGUACCCAAGUCAACAACGCCCGGUUGAUCACACAACAGCAGAAAGGAGGAAACAAAGGCUCCAAGUUGAGGAAGGUGAGAACUGUCCGCAACCCUGCAGGAAUCCAACUGGCAUCCAUAAGAAAGCUCUUUUGAUUUCUCUCGUCAGUAUUAUUGGCGCAUUAAUUGUGAUAGUUCCUGUUUUAGUCAUGACUCUGAAGAAAUCUUAGCAUACAGAUGAUUUAUGUGAGCACUGAACAAAGGUUCAAAAAUGUCCAAAAUGGUUUCAAACAAACAGGCAUUGAAUGUAAAAAUGUCUAAUUUUAUGAAAUUUGC